GACUUGCUCUUCUCUUCAAAUUUGUAAUCUUUUUCUAUUCAAUUAAUUCCUUCCAUGGCUUCUUUUCUUUAUCUUCUACCCCUCACUCUAAUCAUAUUUUCAGGCAGUAGCAGUGCUCAAUCUCCACCUUCACCUGGGUACUCCCCCAGUUCAAGAAUAAGCCCUAUUGGAUUUAACCAAGGUUUUAGAAAUCUUUGGGGUCCUCAACACCAAAAAAUUGACCAAGGCACAUUAACAGUGUGGCUUGACAGUUCCUCAGGUAGUGGGUAUAAGUCACUCCAAUCAUAUCGUUCUGGGUACUUUGGUGCUGCCAUGAAGCUUCAUCCCGGUUACACUGCAGGAGUAAUUACAUCAUUCUAUCUUUCAAAUAAUGAAGAUUUUCCUGGAAACCAUGAUGAAAUUGACAUUGAGUUCUUAGGAACAACUCCAGGCAAGCCUUACACUUUGCAGACCAAUGUGUAUAUGAAAGGAAGUGGUGAUGGAAAAAUUAUUGGAAGAGAAAUGAGGUUUCAUCUUUGGUUUGAUCCUACACAAGAUUUUCAUAACUAUGCUAUUUUGUGGACCCCCAAUGAGAUCAUAUUUUUUGUUGAUGAUGUUCCCAUUAGAAGAUAUCCAAGAAAAAAUGAUGCUACAUUUCCUUUAAGGCCAAUGUGGGUUUAUGGGUCAAUAUGGGAUGCAUCAUCUUGGGCCACUGAGGAUGGCAAAUACAAAGCUGAUUAUAGCUACCAACCCUUCAUUGGUAGGUACCGAAAUUUCAAAAUUAGUGGCUGCUCCACCAGUGGUCCUGCCUCCUGCCACUCGCCCUCCGCCUCGCCGUCGGGCUCCGGCCUCAGCCAACAGCAGUACUCAGCCAUGCAAUGGGUCCAAAGCAACUAUUUGGCUUAUGACUAUUGUACGGAUCCAAAAAGAGAUCACACCCAAACACCUGAGUGUUAGCUAUUUAAUGCAUAAUUGCAUAUAUAUGUGUGUGCUUCAGUUUUAUAAGUGUACUGAUCAGUUAUUCAAAAAAAAAAAAAAAAAAA